AUUCACAAGCUGCAGUCGGAGAACCUGCAGAUCCGUCAGCAGGCGGGGCCCGUCCACCCAGCAGCCCCCACCCCCACCGAGCGCCCCGAGCACGGCCACGUGCCCUCCGCCGUAACGGGAGCCCACCGGCGCGACCGCCACGCCUUCUCCAUGUACGAGCCGGGCGCCAGCCCACUCAAGCCCUUCAGCCAGCCGCCCAUGGAUGACCUGGUUAGCCGCCUGCAGCCCUUCCACCCUGGGGAAUCGGAGGAAGAUGGGAUGUAUUCCGCCCACAGCCAACCCAACAUUUACCGAAUCCGGAAGGGGGGCUCCAUUUCGGCCAUGCCGUUCCCUCCCUCCUCUUCGCUGGUGGUGGGUCCGCCGGAGGGCAGCGGGCGCCACUUGAACCAACGGCAGUCUUACCAACCGGUUCGCUGCAUGGACGGGAAACGCUUCCUGGAUCUGGGGAAGGAGGAGGAUUUGCACCUGGAACCUGAGCUGCUGGAAGGGGACCUGGACGGGGGUCUCCCCAGCACAGAGGACGUCAUCCUCAAGACCGAGCAGGUCACCAAGAACAUCCAGGAACUCCUGAGGGCCGCCCAGGAGUUCAAACACGACAGCGACCGUCAUAAAUACGAGUCCAUUGCCGAGCGUCUCGACAAUGUGAUCCCUGGGGAUGCUGCAAUGAAGCCGGCCCUGGAGACGGUGCGCAGCUCCCUCCGCUUGCUGAACGCCAGCGCUUACCGUCUGCAGAGCGAGUGUCGCAAGACCGUCCCGCCGGAGCCCGGCGCCCCCGUGGACUACCAGCUCCUGACGCAGCAGGUCAUCCAGUGCGCCUACGACAUCGCCAAGGCCGCCAAGCAGCUGGUCACCAUCACCACCCGCGAGAAGAAGCAGUGAGGGGCGGGGAGGGGCCCCCCCUUUCCUCGUUUCUGCUAUGCCCCUCCUUCCCCCCGGAAGGCUCCUCCCUCUACUUGGCGCAGGAUCAGAAGCGGAGGGGGGCAGAAUCCUGGGCAGCCCA